CACAUCCGGGCACUCGAUAUCUCACAAUGGCGUCUCAAGAAGGGGGUGCGAAAAAACUGAAAGAAUUGCGCGUUGUCGAUUUAAGAAGAGAACUAGAAAACCGAGGACUCGAUAAGGGUGGAGUUAAAGCUGUGUUAACUGAAAGAUUACAAAAGGCUUUAGAAGAUGAGGGUGAGGAUCCAAACGAGUAUGUAUUUGAGCCAGGAACUGAUUCACCUAAAAGACCAGUAACUACCGCUGUAACCAAGAAGACAACUCCUAGGACAGGAGCCAAGGGAAAGUUAAAAGAGGAUGGGGACGACGAGGAAAUGGCGGAGGAUUCGUUGUUGGAGGAAGACUUGGAUCUGGAUGAUGAGAUUGGUAACAUAGACGAUGCAGAUAUGGAACUGCUGGAGUCAGAAAUGCAAGUUAUAGACCAGGAAUUGGGAACUCCAGAGACUGGGACCAAUGAUGAAGAAAUGGUCGAAGAACAAAAGCCUGCAGAAACGAAGGAGGACGAGAAACCUUCCGAGCCAACGGCUACAGUUAAAGCACCUGAAAAAACUGCUCCUGCAAAGACCGAGGAAGAAACUCCAAUGGACACCGAGGAGGAAGCGGCUGUUUCCGUACCAGCAGUCAAGGAGGUCAAGCCAGUGGUGCCAGUCAAGGAGGUCAAGCCAGUGACGCCAGUCAAGGAGGUCAAGCCAGUGGCGCCAGUCAAGGAGGUCAAGCCAGUGACGCCAGUCAAGGAGGCCAAGCCAGUAACGCCAGUCAAGGAGGCCAAGCCAGCACCUCAGGUGAAGGAUGUUAAGCCAGUACCUGCUGUUAAGGAGGUGAAGCCAAAGGGGGAACCAGUUAAGGCGUCAGUUUUAGAGGCUGCUCCCGUCACUGAGAAAACUCAAGUUACCAACACUUCGGUGAAAAAAGAGGAUAUUGAUGCUCCGCCUGACCCAGCUUCAGUCGUUCCUCUGGUGCCACUUACGAUCGAGGACAAGAUCAAAAUGGACACGUCUCAAGGCUUACAGACCGAGGAGAAUGAAUCAUUGGACGUUCACGUGGACGACACGCAAAACGACCUGGACGCAGACCUCCUUGGUUCUGAGAAAUCUGAAAAGAAAGAGUCUGCACCGACGGAAGCCAAAGUGGAGGAAAAGAAAGAAGAAGAAAAGGAGGAAGCUACACCCGAAAUCAAGGAUGGAGAAACCAAAGUGGAGUCGGCCACCCCUGACACCACCACCGUGAAGGAGACCCCAGCUGUAACAACACCAGGGAAAGACACAAAGGGAGAGAAAAAAGCAGCCGACAAGAAGGAGGAAAAUGACACCAGCAAAUCAGCUUCUUCCUCCACCCCAGCUAAGAGCAGUACAGCAUCGAAAGACCCAAAGAAGGAUGAGAAGGGAAGCAGUGGGGCAGGCCGUAACCUCUGGGUAAGCGGGCUCUCCUCCUCAACACGGGCAACAGACCUCAAGGCACUGUUCAGCAAACAUGGCAAGGUGGUUGGAGCUAAAGUGGUGACCAACGCCAGAAGCCCCGGCUCCAAAUGCUAUGGAUUUGUCACCAUGUCAACAGCAGACGAGGCCACAAAGUGCAUACAGCAUCUUCAUCGUACUGAGCUCCAUGGCAAAAUGAUUUCUGUGGAAAGGGCCAAGAAUGAGCCUGGUGCUCAGGUGAAAGGUGCCACAGCCCCUGGAAAUACCACAAGGAAACCAGAUGCAAGAUCUCCUGCCGACAAGAAGAGUACCAGUACUACUCCGCGCAAAGACGACCGAGAUAAAAAAGACGGUGACAAAAAGUCGGACGAUAAGAAAGACGGUGACAAAAAAGAUGUGAGGAGAGACUCGAGGAGGGACAGUAAGCCAAGCUCACGAAGUGAUGACAAGCGACCGCACUCCAGCUCCAGGCAUGACUCUAACAGACGUUCUACGGGAUCAGACAAACCGAGGACUGUGGUGAUGGACAAAUCCAAGGGUGAACCAGUGGUCAGGGUCAGAAGCCGUGACCGGUCAUCUGGUCGUGUGUCCAAGUCACCCUCCAAGGCCAAGUCCACCACAUCCACCACUGACCAGAAGUCUCCAGCCGCCGCCGCGGCCGCCACGAAGCCCGCUGCUGCCAAGGAGGGAGAUACUCCCAAAAAGGAUGAUAGCAAGGAUACACUUUCAUUUGAUAAAAUACAGGAGGAGAGAGAGCGUGAACGCCUGCGCCAGAAGGAAAGGAAGCUAAGGGAGGAAGAAAGAGUAAAGAAACAGGAGAUUGAGUUUGAGAAACGUCGUCAGCGUGACGUUCAUAUGAAGCAGCGUGCAGAGGCCAUCCGACUUGCCAGAGAACGUGAACGCCUUAGGAAGGAAAGGGAGACUUUGGAGAGAGAACGCUUGGAGACCCAGCGACUUGAGCGGCUUCGUGCAGAGCAGAUGGAACGAGAACGUCUCGAGAGAGAACGAGAAGAAAAGAGACGACUAGAACAACUUAGGUUGGCAGAAGCAGAGCAGCGACGAGCAGCUCUAAAGCGUACUUAUGAGUCACGCGGGACCCGAGAUAACGAGUGGUCACAGCCCAAACGAGCCAACAGGUUCAACGAUAACGAUACACGAGAUAAGGGUAGGGACAAUAGACAGAAUCGUGACGCCAACCGCUUCAAUGACCGUAACUCCGGUUCUGGUGCUUCUGGUGGGGGUAACUUUGAGCGUAAGGUAGAGCGGUAUGACCGCCGGGAAGUCAACCGUGUACAGGAGAACCGUGGCAAUGACAACAGGGCAAGUGGGCGACAGUUUGAAGAAAACCGACGCAGCGGUGGACGGGGUGAGGAUAACUUCCGUGAGGAACAGAGAGACGAACGUCGUACAGACGACAGAUUUGCCAGAUCAUACGACAGGAAUGUAAACCAUGGUCAGGCACACGACACGGCAAACAGGUCACAUGACAGAAACAACAUGCGCGAAGACCGACGAGACACAGGCUUCAACCGCAACCAGACUCGGGACCAUGUGAGGGAUGACCGACGAGGCAUGGACAUGGCUCAGGAUGACCGACGCGGUGGAAACGUCCGGGACAACCAGAGGGACAAUCGUAACAUGGGGGUCGUAGGAGGGGGACACAACAUUAGGGGCACGUCUCCACGACACAAUGACAACAGAGGCGACUGGAAGGCAGACCGAGGUGAGGCAGUCUUUGAAGAUACGCGACAGCAGGCUGACUCCAGGGUUGUUGUGAGAGGUCAGACCAACAUGGCCAGCGGAGGACGCGACUCCUGGCAAGGUGGUCACGGUGGUGCCCAUGGUGGUGCCCAUGGCAACUACUCGAAUGUCGUCCAGGACGACCGUAACCGUGGUGGCAACAAGAGCUUCAGUGGCCACAACAGUGGUGCUGGUCUUCUAGGAAAUGCCCCGCAGAGUCAGAACCGUCAGUGGGGGUCGGGCACCGACAACCGAGGCAAGAUGGAGAGCACCUGGACUUCACAUAACGCUCACAGUAACAUGGAGCAGCGUGUGGCGACGCAGCAGCAGGACCGCUGGUCAGGGGGAGUGACCAUGCAACAGGAGGCGCGACCCACAAGCUUCACCCAGCCUGUCGCCACAGGCCUCAUCAGCGUCCCACCUAACGUGUACAUGACGUCUGUUCCACAACAGUCUGGCAUGAUCAUAGGCAAUAUCGCAACAGGACGUCAACCUGAGCCGAGGUUUGACGCCUACAAAAUGCAGACAGGAGCAAUUCGACGGACAUACUAAAAAUUCUUAUUGUUUUUGAAAUUUGAUAUUGAGAAAGAUGGACAGAAAAUUGAGAUGUUAAAAACAUUUUUUUAGCAUGUGAUGCUUGUCAGUGAAGAACAAUACAUGUUGAAUUGAUGACUUGUUGAAUUUUGUCAGCAGUGAAAAGUGCCAUUCCAAGUUCCAUAGGUAGUGGUCAUAGUCCGAGACUUGGUCCAAUCAUCUGUAAAGAUGGAUUGCCUAGCUAGAUGGUUACAGUUCCAUUGACCACGUUCAAUUUGAUAUGAUCAGGUUAACACAAUCUCGAAAGCCGUCUAACUGAAAUCAAUCAUGCAUGAGGGGAGAAAUCAUAUUUCUUACAAUCGUUGACUCGGCUUGGGAGGGUGAAGAAAUUAAGGAAUUCCAUUCUGUGUGUCCAAUUUCAUUUACUUGUGUUCAAGUCCUUAUUUGUGUAAAACGUGUUAUUUUUGUAUUGUUAUCAAUUUGUUUUUACUUGUGAAUGGUAAUCAAAAGACACUUCUGACAUUUCAAUGGUAUUAUCAUGAAUCAUAUUGAUGUAAAUACUUAAAUUUUUCUUGAGCAUUGCUAUGGCUAGGAGAUGAACAGACAUUCUUCAUUUCGUAUCAAAAUCCAGAUCAAGGUUAUAUUUUCAGAUGCUAAAUAUAUGUGAUUUUAAACCAGAGAUUUGAUAAUUUGAAGCCUUUUUUUUUUUUUUUUUUACUCGGCAGACAUGUGUCAUACUCUCUGUUUUAUUUCAGAUCGUCAAUUUACCAGUCGUCUGCUAUUCAUUCACAGCCACAACUCAUUAACUCAUUCACCCCUGAAGAUACAUUAGAGAUCUUCCAAUUCAAAGGUUGGAAUAGUUCAUUAUGAAAUUUCAGGGGUGAAUGAGUUAAACAAAUAGUUCAAAUCAGCGGAUGGACAUUCAAGAAUCAUGUGUCAAAAACUAAAUUAUAUAUAUAUACACAGUGUAUACAGAUAUUUGCAGCUGAAUUCUAUGGAGCAUUAUUUUCAUACGCAUGACCAAAUAUCAUUUUACUGUUGUCUUGUAUGUGUGCAGAUUUUAUCAUGUGGACAAGCAUCAAUGCAUCCAAGUCAUAGUCAUCCAUUUUAUCUCAUCACCAUUCUCAUCAUCUUCAUCAAUUUAUCAUUCUUAUCGAGAUCGUCAGCUUGUCUUGUUUGUAAUUGUCAUUGGAAGUGAAAUGAAUUAUGUCGGAAGAAA